AGCAACUGUUAACAACUUUUUACGCACACUUUUCUUAAACCUGAUACUUUUCCAGUCGAUUUAACGCAGUGUCCCUCCGCUAGAUGGAACUUCUUCUGUUAGGAACCCUCAGCUUAUUAUGCAGCUUGCAGGAGCUGAAGUGAAGGUGCGCCUGAAGGGAAAUGCUCUGACACCGUUCUCGUGUAGAUUUUUCUUGUCGCUUUGAUUAAAACGCGUCUCACGGAGACUUGAAGUUUGAGAGUUGAGGUGUGCGCAGCUACACUGGGAGCGUUUGGCCCUAACGGACGUGAAUCCAGCGCCAAGCUGCUGAGCAGGAGAAGAGAAGAAGAAGACGCUUUCCUUGAAGCGGUGGGUUCCCGUUUGAACCACAACGAGAAAAGUCCCGACCAUUAGAAUCCGGAUUCAGUGAUGUACGUGUGAAGAGUUUUCCCUGAUCCGAAUUGGUUUGGUUCGGACGACGGGAGACUUUAAUGGAUUUUUUAUGUGGGACCCGCUAGGAUGGACGUGGUAGAUGAAUCAGAAGCGUUACAGAGGUUCUUUGAAGGUCAUGAUAUUACCAGUUCUCUGGAGCCAGCCAACAUCGACACCAGUAUCCUGGAAGAGUACAUCAGCAAGGAGGACGAUAGCACUGACAUCUGUUUCUCAGAGGUCCACAGCGCCCCGGGACCAAAUUACUCAUCUCCCCAGGCAGGAGUGUCCUCCUCUGGGGGGUUGGUGUGUGGUUUGACCCCCCCUAUCCCACUACGCCAAGGAGGCCUUCCGCCUGGGCCCCCCAACUGUCAGAACACCUACCCCCCAGGUCCAUCCCUGGGCCUCCGACACAACUACCCCUGCCUGGGACAGCAGCAGCAGCAGCAGCAGCAGCAUCAACAGCAACAGCAACAGCAACAGCAUCAGCAGCAGCAGCAGGCACACCUCAAGCCCGAGCACAGGGGCCUCUACGCUCCAGGGACACUACCCGAGUCCCCCCCAGACUCCAGCUCAGAGCCGUACUCUCCACAGCAGGUGAAUGAUCCUCACAUGAUCAGGACCAUGACACCAGAAAACAUGUGUCACAUGACCCCAACGCCACCAAUCCACUAUACGAGCAUGCAUCGGGACAUGUACCCCAAGCCCGAGUCCAUGAUAUCGCAGUAUCCCAUUGGCCCGGCCACGAGCGGAGGUGGAGACAUGCAGCAGACGCAGAUGCUCCAUCACUUGCUGCAGCAUCCUCAGGGGCAAGAUGGCAUCCCUGCUCACCAGGCCAAGAAGAGGAAGCACUCCGACUCUCCCAACAGCACCCUCAAUUCCCAAAUCCUCACAGGUAUCAUCAAGCAAGAACCAGGUUUAAUGCAGGAUGCAGACAACGGCUACCUGGACCCAAACUAUCAGUGCAUCAAGUGGCAACCUCACCUGCAGAACAAGUGGACACCGCUCUAUGACGCAAACUGCAAAGAGCUUCCGAUGCCAACCUAUCGCGUCGAUGCAGACAAGGGUUUCAACUUCUCCCUGUCUGACGACGCCUUUGUUUGCCAGAAGAAGAACCACUUCCAGGUCACAGUGUACGUAGGCAUGCUGGGCGACCCCAAGUACAUCAAGACCAGUGAUGGCCUGCAGCCCAUCGACUGCUUCUAUCUCAAACUCAACGGGGUAAAGGUGGAGGCCAUAAAUCAGUCCAUCAGUGUGGAGCAGUCACAAUCUGACCGCAGCAAGAGACCGUUCAAACCAGUGCUCGUCACCUUGCCAUCAGAGCAGGUCACAAAGGUCACAGUGGGGCGGCUCCACUUCAGUGAGACCACAGCCAAUAACAUGAGGAAGAAGGGCAAACCAAACCCUGACCAGAGGUAUUUCAUGCUGGUGGUGGCGCUGAACGCUCAGUCCCACAGUCAGACCUACACUGUGGCUGCUCAAGCGUCUGAGAGGAUCAUCGUCAGGGUAACGUCUGGCCAUGCAUCGAACCCAGGCCAGUUUGAAAGUGACAACGAGGUGCUGUGGCAGCGCGGACAACUAUCAGACUCAGUCUACCACCACGGGAGAGUCGGCAUCAACACCGACAGGCCCGAUGAGGCCCUCGUUAUCCACGGCAACCUGAAGGUCAUGGGCUCUGUGGUGCACCCGUCUGACAUCAGGGCCAAAGAGAAUGUCCAGGAGGUCGACACCACAGGCAAUUUGAAACGGAUCUCUCAGAUGAGGCUGGUCCAUUAUCAGUUCAAGCCAGAGUUUGCUGCCAGCGUGGGCAUAGAGACUACUGCAGAGACCGGAGUGAUCGCUCAAGACGUCCAGCAAAUCCUGCCUGAAGCCGUGAAGGAGGGGGGGGACAUAGUGUUCGCCAAUGGAGAAAUGAUCCCCAAACUGUUAGUUGUUAACAAGGAUCGCAUCUUCAUGGAGAACGUGGGGGCGGUGAAGGAGCUUUGUAAGCUGACGGACAACCUGGAGACGCGCAUAGACGAACUGGAGCGCUGGAGUCGCAAGCUGGCGAAGCUGCGUCGUCUCGACAGCAUGAAGAGCACCGUGAGUGGAGGCACUGUCAGCCAAUCAGGAAGCUAUUUUAGCAGGACAGGAAGUGGCCCACUCAAGAAGAAGACGGUCCCACCUGGGAGCAAGAGCUCGCUUCCAGAUCAGGGCUGCAUCAGUCAGAAAUUCAUGCAGGGCACCAUCCUGGCACUGGUCAUUGUCAUGGCCUUCAGUGUCAUUUCCAUGUCUGUUCUUUAUGUGCUGACUCUUCACCACAGAGGAGACGCCACAGAUGGCUAUGUCCCUUCCUGUGUUCUCUACAUUUCUUGGAUGCCCAUCUUCACUGCCACUGUAACUUUCUGUCCACCUGCCUGCCCCUGGUCCAGGGCAGCACUGGGAUCUUCACGCAAGAGUGCAUCACUGUCCAGCACUCCUGCUCCUGGUUGCUGUUCAACCCCAGUCCCAAACAACCAAUCAACCACAGUUCUGACAUUGAGUAACAACCAAUCCACAACAGAUUUAGGCAGCCUGGCUCCCACACCAGGCAUUAUCAGCAAGAAGGCCAAGUCCAGAGCGAUGGACAAGGAUGGCCACACCAGAAAUCGCCUGAGUCACACCUCAGCACCUUUGUACUUCGCCAAGUCCAAAAGGCCGGCACCGACCGACCUGGGCAGCGCAGGGUCCACCAACCGUCUGCCCGGCGGUCAGCCGGUGCCACGUAGACAGCGCAGCCUACACACAAAGGAAGGAAGGUCAGCUCCCUCUCUGACCAGUCUACAUAUUGUGGAAACGAACCAAGAGAUCACAGCGCAAAGCUGUGCAACACCCAAGAGCUGCAGCUACACCAUAUCACUCCACGGAAAAAGAAAUUCCUCCACUUCACAAAUUACUUUGUACAUGACGUCCAUAAAGAACGUGUGGGUUCAACAAUGUGGGGCCACCAAGGGCCGGUUAUGCCCCAACCACAAAGAGGCAGAGCUCUACAGGGGUCAGCCUACAUCAACAAAGGGGACUCGUCACCUGUGGUCAGUGCCUAUGCUGUCCUUCCAGGACAUCACCUACCACUUCCGUGUCUCCCUGUCUAGUGAAGUGAGUUGUGCCUCUGAAGGAGAAACCUCAUCAUACUCUGACUACCAUUUUAUCAUCCAGAGCAUCUGUGUGUGAGGAGGAGGAGGACGAUUUGCUCCAAGUGCCUUUGAACACACCACGCUUCUCCUUCCAUUUUAACACUGUUGUGGUGGGAGAGGGUUUUUGUAUCAUUCUUGUAUAUUGUUUUUAAAGAGAUUUAAUACAGAACAAACUAUAUACCAACGUCCUACUGUAAAGUCCUCCACAUAUAUUUGCAUUCAGACAUCUCUUUUUGCUGUGAUCACUGGAUUUUCAAAUACUGUUUCACUUUCUUUUUUUCUUUUUUUUUAUCUCUGUCACUGAAAAUGUUUUAGAUCACUGUCAAUUGACAACUGAGUGGUGUCACUGUUCACUGCCAUCGUGAAAGUAACCCCCAUGAGUUUAGAGCUCACUUCAUUACUGACCACUAUGUCUUCUAUAGUCAAUGUAAGCCAUAUUAUUGCAUAUUACAGGGGAUUUCACGUUUUUUAAAUCUAAAGUCCAGGCUAAGGCACUGUAGAUGAAACUGCACACAUGUUUGUGUAUAGUUUUGUAAUAGUGUGUGUCUGUGUGGACACAGAACAACAAAACAACAACACUGUUCAAUAAUUGUAUACACUGGAGAGAAGAUGAUUGGCUUUGGCUGAAGGCCCUCGGUGAAUGGUUGCAACUCACGAAGAAAAUAUACCUCAGUAGUGAACACUGGCAGACCCGAGGUCUCUACAGUGGAGCUUUGUGUUCGACUGCUGCAGCCACUAGACCGUCUACUGUCUCCUCACACAAUGUCACACUAAACACUGCACGCAGAGAGGAACAUACUGUUGCAGCGCUUCUAUCUCAGCUGUGGCAUUAAAACAGAUAUUAAAUUGCUGCAUAAAAUGUUGAUGCAGAGAAUUAAACUUAAAAAAGAAAUGAUCAGGACCGAUCCUUAAACGUAGGCGUCCUUUUCAACACAUUCACUGGAUAACAAGCGAUAAGACUGGAGAAGUAAACAAACCACUGGAAAUGAACAUGUAGAAACACUGACGGCUUCUCGUAUCUGAUAAUGGAAAAAGUCCAACACUGACAAUAUUUCAAGAAACACUGGAAUAGCUUAGAUUGUAUGUUGCUAACUGGAAAGAAUGCUGGUGAGGCAAUAAAUGGCUGAUAUCAUUUCAGGUGCAUGCCCAAUCACUUCUCUAAGACGGUACAUCUCAGCUCAGAGGCAACUCUGUGUAACUGCAUGUACUUAUGUACACUGCGAUGGUAAAAUUAGAUAUGAUACACUGGACUCUUUCAUGUUUUUCUGUGGAGGUUUUGAGUACUUUCACUUUUUUGUGGCUUUUCGAUUAAGAAUAUGCAUUCCUAACUUUUCAUACGAGUGAAUUAUAAAUAUGUUUCCUUUCUGUUAUAAUUUCUUGUUUUAAACGCAUUCAACUCACCUACUACAACCACCACCCAUUUGUUGCUUUUGUUUUCAAAUCCAUAUUCCAUAUGUAAAUGCAGAAGAAGUGUAUCUCCCAUGUAAAAUCAAUAUUAUAGGAAUAUAGGAUGAACAGUUAUCGGACAAAAGUUUGUUGAAGUUGUCGUAAUAUGAACACUGUAUAAUGUUUUUAGUAUAAUUAUUAAGUGGGUAUAGUGUUCUAUUUCAGCCUAUUUAUAAUGCACCAGCUAGCAUAUUGAAACCACUGUAGCACUUUUUGCACUGUAUAUACGGUAUGAACUGCUUCUGCUCUCUCCAGUGCACCAGAUUGGUUUCACAUACUCUGGUAGAACUGCAUUGCAUUUAACUGUAUAGCUUCAUUUUGUUACUACCAAUGCUCAUUUUUAUGUGGUGUUUUAUGUAAUUGUUUUUAUAGUUCUUUUUUGGUUGUUGUUUUAUCAAUAAUAUAUUAACUUUUAGCUUUUGGAGCCCAGAAGUGAUUGAUAAGCAAGAGAAGACACACGUUUCAUUUCUAAUUUUAGCACUGUUUGUUAUGAAAGAAAUGCAAUGCCACUAAAACAUAUUUUAAUAUCACUACUUUUUCGCCCAAUUUAUCGCUACAUUUUCAAAGCAUUUUGUCCCAAAAAAAUAUGCCGUAAUACUAUGAUUGCAUGUAGUAAAUACAUUUGUGAUUGAU